AUGGCCUCCCUAGUGCUGGAUGAGGAAUAUGACGAGGAUUAUGAACCUAGUGAUGAAGAAAUCCUGGAAUAUGCACAAUUCCUGGGAAUGGAUGUAGAAAAGGAAAAAGACUUGUUUUGGAUUGCGAGAGAGUCGUUAAAGGCUCCUCUGCCGCCGAACUGGAAGCCUUGUUCCACCGAUGAUAACACGGUCUACUACUUUAACUUCACGACUGGAGAGAGUUUGUGGGACCACCCUUGUGAUGAGCAUUACAGGAAACUGUAUGAGACGGAAAAGAAUAAGAAGGCGGGCAAGGCUGCUGAAGCACCCAAGGUACAGCCAAAAGCGGCAGACACCAAAUUACUCACCAAGCAAGCGUCAGAUGAAUUGUCUGAACCACAAGAAAUUGAUGAGGAAGUAGAAGAAGAGAUUGAAGAAGGAGAUGAUGACGACGAAUUAGAUCUAUCUGAAGAUGAAAAGCCAAAAGCCAAGUCUCCAGUCAAUGAUGUCUUAUCGUCAGCAGCAUCAUCACCAAAUGCACCCAUUAUCGCUAACAAACCAGUAGUAGUAGAUUCCGUAAAGCCUAUUCAGUCGCUCGUCAAGUCAGAUGAUUCUUUGAAAUCCAUAUCGCCGAAACCUGCCCUGAAACCUCUCGAAUCGCUAACACCAAUCAACAAUCACAUAUUUGCCACAACCACCACCAACAAAACUGUUGCUCCAUCUAUUGAAAUCGUUGACGACGAUGUAGCAAAAUCCGUCCCGGCCCUGGAUAAAGGCCCCGAAGGACUCCAAGUCAGAAAAGGAUUUACAAACGAGAACGACAGGACGUCAACUAGAUCCAUGCUCUCGGCUCAUGGGAUUGAGUCCAUGUCAAGUAACGAGCUUGCUAGCAGUGGUGGUGAUAACAAGGGUCUUCCGUCGUUAAAAAAGGCUCCGAUACCGUCUAGUGUCAGUGAAUCGGCCGGUAUUGCAGAUAUAGAUACCAUAAAGAAGAAAUGGGCGCAGAUAUCGGAAGCUACUGAGGCUUCUGAACGGGCUAUUCAUGAAUCAAGUCUGGAAUCGUUAAGAGAGUCGCUGGUCAAGUCGUUGCAACAAGAAGAAGAUGUGUUGAAAAAACAGCAUCAGCAACGGAUUGUAUCUCUACGAGCACAGUUUGAGGCUGACGAAGCGGCUCUGGCGCAGUCGUCAAAAGAUACUGUGAAUAAGCUCAAGGAGGAUUUGGCAAAGACUUUGGAUGAGAUACAAUGUCAACAUGCUCAUAAUUUAGAAGCUGCUAAAACACAGCAUACGCGUGUUAUCGAAACUGCUAAAAGGGAAGUUGAUGCCCAGAUUGAAAGUAUUAAAGCAGACGGUAAAAGAAAGGAGGAGAAAGAAGUCUACGAAUCUAGAAAUCGGCUCGCAAGUCUGAAAAAGGAGGCUGAAGCGUCUAUAUCUGAACUCAGAAGGGCGGCAUCUUCUGAAGAAGGUCGGAUAUCACAGGUGGAAAACAGUCUUGUGAAUCGUAAGAGUGAGCUUGAGAAAGAGAUUGAGAGUGUGGAGUCCACCUUGUUGGACCGACGUGUAGCACUAGACGAAGCCAAUUUGCAGCAUGCUACCAUUACCGACCAGCUAGAGAAUACUCGACGUGAUUUAGAAACGAUGAAAGUGGAAAUGGUUACAUGUCUUGCUGAAUUCGAAGCUCUUAAACUCCAGUUGGUGGAAACACGAGAAGCUGUACAGGUUGCCCGAAACGAUAUAGCUAAACAGAAAGAGCAGGCAUCUGUAUCAAGCUCUGCUAUACCGUCUCCCAACAAUACCGAAAACCCUGUGAUGGAACGCCCGACACCUGUAGAACGACCAUCAGUAACCGCUGAAAGACCAAAUGCACCUACUGGUGUAGCUAUAGGUGGCCGUCCCCGAGUUAAGAGUGGAUCACGCAACAACCGCACUAUAGAACCCUCUCCAUCCAAGAUGGGCCAAUUCAUCCUUGAAGGAUAUGGUGUCGGCAUGGCAGCCGAUAUACCCGACUCUCAAAUGAGCCCGGCCAAUCUCCACAAUGCCAUGAAAGACGCUACUGGAAUGGAAAAGGCGAUCUUAGCCGGCUACGGAAUGUCAGGAAUGUCAUAUGCAUCUUCAAACGUAAACCUACCACCUCACGUCGCAGUCACCAUCCAACGAGCAAGCAGUCACAAUCUUGCACCUGCAUCUCGUCAAAUGAGUCGCACGUUUGGAGGGCCUGCUAUGGCUCCCGCUACAAUCGCAAACCCGAUAUUCAGUCAUGCUAUAUUGCAAUCGCUAGGUGGCACGCACCUUGGAGUCGCGUCUAUGGAACGGCUUGCGGAUCAGACGUUUAUUGACCAGUCACGAGAUAAUGUCGCUGGCGCUGCUUUGAGGAACGGAGUAAAUGCAUCAGGAAUCGAUAAUCCAGACAAUCAAGAUAUCUUCCAGGCUUUAGGCGGUCGUGCGAGUGCUGGCAUCAGUAACAGCAACAAUAUCAGUAGCAGCAGGAAACGACAGGUAUCAACCACCACAGCCGCCGCAAUGCAAAACCCACUGUCUGCAUACUUUGGUGUUAAAUUCACGCCUACUGCAAACGAGUUGACUGAAGCUGAAGAAAUCGCUAUGGCUUCACAGUGGGAUCCGCAGCAGAUGGCACCUUCGCAGCGGGCGUUGAUGGAGGGGUAUGGAAUCGUCACGCAGGAAUCGAAUGUUUUUAACGGGGUUAGAAACAGUGGGAGAGAGUCUGCUGAACCUGCUAUGGCUAUGAAUGUCGAGCCGACCAAGGCACGAAAUGUUGGCAAUUCUCGAAUCGUUGAUACACCAGUACAAGUCCAAGUCCAACAACAACCAAAUUCCAGAUUCACGCCACCAACCGACAUCCCAUCAACCAUACGUCCAUCCAACAUGAACAAACCAAGCAGUGAAAUAACCCCAUCUCAGAUAUCAUCGCCCCAGUCGCGACGAUCUACCAUGGGAAGCCCCGUAUCGAAACGAAGCGAGGCUAGUCCUGUUAUGAGGGUUCGAUCGCCGUCACGACAGAGAGGCAGUCCGGCGACGGAACGGUCGAGACGUGAUGUGGAGCGGGAGGUGAAGGAGAGGUUUGUUGAGAGUAAUGGACAUCAUCAUGUGGAUCGAAAGACGUAUUCGCCGUCUCGCGGUGGUGAGAGGGAGAUGUCGCCGAGGAGGAGGGAGAGAGAGGAAAGGGAGCAUAUGAGGAGGGGGAAGUCUCCUAGACGAGAAACAAGACCCGUCUACUCAAGCGAUGCCAACGAAUCCCCCGACUCUGAAAUCUCAUCCUCAACCCCGUCAUCAUCCAUCGACGGCGACAAUCUUGAAGACGCACAAGUAUGGACUCCAUCCAAACAAAUCAGUCGUCGACUCCGCCGCGAAGAGAAACAAAUCAGGGAUUCCAAACGUACUAUUCGUAAACAGACUCGAUCGCUGGCGAGAGAAGAAGCCACACACUUUUAUGGAGCUAGUCAGCAACGGGCCAGGAUGGAAGAGCUGGCCGAUAAGAUUGAUAGGGAGAAUGAGGUUAGGAGGGUGCUGCAGGACAAUUUGCAUAAAGAGGUAUCGAGGUAUCAGUCACUAGACGCCGUCGAAGCCGAGAUUGAAAAAGUGCUCAACAAGCUACGAACGUCACGCGAUACAAGUGUGUCGAGGAUGCAGGAUAUGAUGCAGCCGAAUAACUAUACCACAACAUCAUCACCAUACACCCUACACUCAACAUCAUACACACCACGGGUUGUCCCAACAUCAACAACAAAUUUUUCAUCAACACACUACCAACCAUCCAUCCACCUUACCGGAAUCUCAGACUCGCGCAAACAAGCAUGGGAUGUAUCACGGGCUAAGACUGACAGGGAAUUGGAUUUGCAUUCACAGUUUUUGAGACAGUUGGUUGCGAAGAAGCAGAAUGCGGUUGGGAAUGGUGGUGUGAGUGGGAGGGUUGUUUAUUGA